UGUGCGGUGCGGUGCAGAGCGGAGGCGGAGGCGGGCGCGCGGGCAGCUCGCGGGCACCCGGCCGGGCGGGCGCGGGAGCGGGAAAGGGUGCGCUAUGCCUUUAACGCCCGCGUACAGUAGACAUGUAUAGUGGAGUGUAGGGAAACUCUAGGCGGGGUUAAAGUUCAGCUCAUGGAGCGGCAAUCGCGCUGGCUGGCUGGCUGCAGUUGAGCCGAGUUGGAAAUGUGAACGCAAGAAGCAGGCUUGAUUUUUUUUCUCCCCCCUUCUCUCUCUCUCUCUUCCUCUCUCCCUCUUUCUCCUUUCUCACCCGCACUCACGCACACCUCCAAACCGCACACCCAGACGCACACGCACACCCCACCGCCCGGCAGUUAUGUAUUCUCCGCUCUGUCUCACCCAGGAUGAAUUUCAUCCUUUCAUUGAAGCACUUCUGCCCCAUGUCCGAGCCUUCGCCUACACAUGGUUCAACCUGCAGGCCCGAAAACGAAAAUACUUCAAAAAACAUGAAAAGCGUAUGUCAAAAGAAGAAGAGAGAGCCGUGAAGGAUGAGUUGCUAAGUGAAAAACCAGAGGUCAAGCAGAAGUGGGCAUCUCGACUCCUGGCCAAGUUACGGAAAGACAUCCGACCUGAGUACCGAGAGGAUUUUGUUCUUACAGUUACGGGGAAAAAGCCUCCAUGUUGUGUUCUUUCCAACCCAGACCAGAAAGGCAAGAUGCGAAGAAUUGACUGCCUUCGCCAGGCAGAUAAAGUCUGGAGGUUGGACCUUGUUAUGGUGAUUUUAUUUAAAGGUAUUCCGCUCGAAAGUACUGAUGGCGAGCGCCUGGUAAAGUCCCCACAGUGCUCGAACCCCGGGCUCUGUGUGCAGCCGCACCACAUAGGGGUUUCUGUUAAGGAACUCGAUUUAUAUUUGGCAUACUUUGUGCAUGCAGCAGAUUCAAGUCAAUCUGAAAGUCCCAGCCAGCCAAGUGACGCUGACAUUAAGGACCAGCCAGAAAAUGGACAUUUGGGCUUCCAAGACAGUUUUGUCACAUCAGGUGUUUUUAGUGUGACUGAGCUUGUAAGAGUGUCACAGACACCAAUAGCUGCAGGAACUGGCCCAAAUUUUUCUCUCUCAGAUUUGGAAAGUUCUUCCUACUACAGCAUGAGUCCGGGAGCAAUGAGGAGGUCUUUACCCAGCACAUCCUCUACCAGCUCCACAAAGCGCCUCAAGUCUGUGGAGGAUGAAAUGGACAGUCCUGGUGAAGAGCCAUUUUACACAGGCCAAGGGCGCUCCCCGGGCAGCGGCAGUCAGUCCAGCGGAUGGCACGAAGUGGAGCCAGGAAUGCCAUCUCCAACCACACUGAAGAAGUCGGAGAAGUCUGGUUUCAGCAGCCCCUCCCCUUCGCAGACCUCCUCCCUGGGAACCGCAUUCACACAGCACCACCGACCUGUCAUCACAGGACCCAGAGCAAGCCCGCACGCAACACCGUCGACUCUUCAUUUCCCGACAUCGCCCAUUAUCCAGCAGCCCGGGCCUUACUUCUCUCACCCAGCCAUCCGCUAUCACCCUCAGGAGACGCUGAAAGAGUUUGUCCAACUUGUCUGCCCUGAUGCUGGUCAGCAGGCUGGACAGGUGGGGUUCCUCAAUCCCAAUGGGAGUAGCCAAGGCAAAGUGCACAACCCGUUCCUUCCCACCCCAAUGUUGCCACCACCGCCGCCACCACCGAUGGCCAGGCCUGUGCCUCUGCCGGUGCCAGACACAAAGCCUCCAACCACGUCAACAGAAGGAGGUGCAGCCUCCCCAACCUCACCAACCUACUCGACACCCAGCACCUCCCCCGCAAACCGAUUCGUCAGUGUUGGACCACGGGAUCCAAGCUUUGUAAAUAUCCCUCAACAGACACAGUCCUGGUACCUGGGAUAAAAGUUGCAGCGUCCCACCAUCCACCAGACAGACCACCUGACCCCUUCUCAACACUGUAACAUGGACGCGUCCUCAACCCAGCGCGGUUACAACUUCACUGUCAGUGGAAGGGGAGAAUCAAAUCAACUUGUACAUGGAAACAGCGAGCAUUAUGGUCAAACAGCAAAGGCCAUAACCUUUUGGGAUUUUUUUUUUUAAAUACUUUAGGGACUGUUGUAAUUUUCUCAUAUGGUGCUGGAAAUGGUUGGGCUUUGUAACAUUUGGAGUGUUUUCUGUGGUAGCGUGAGCAUUAGGUGACGUGGCUAGUGGAGGUCUACCCUUGCUCACUGACUUCCCAUUGUAACACACUUUCCUUACGGAGCCUGGCUGUUUCACAGUAUUUCAUGAAUUUACCCACACAGGUGUGAGCCUCCUUGAGUCAUCAGGAGGCACAUGGAGAACUAAAUCUUUUGUAGUAGCUGAGAUCUGCAAUAUAUAACUUAUGGGACAGUCAAAGGGCAAUGUUUUUCUGUAACAUAUUGGAAAAAGAAAAUGCAGUUAUGUUCCUUUUUUAUUUUUUCUUUUAGUUUGGUUUGGUUCAGCAGUCAGCAGUUAAAUAUAUAACAUGGCCCACAAGGACAGUGAAUCCACUCACAUUGCAGAACAAUUCCGAAAUGACAAACUACUACUACUACUAUUCAGUUUUUUAAAAGUUGUGAAAUGCUGCACUUACAUUAAAAAAAAAAAAAAAACAUUUUUUUCAACAAUUUCAACAAUGACACACAAAUUCACAUGGAAAUGGGGAAGAUGGUCUGUUUUGACAGAAACUGACAGGAAUCAAUCAAAACAAUCGAAUUUUGAAAUGAGUAAAGUGCAAUUUCAUUGGAUAGCUAAAUAUCUUUGUAAGAUAGAGAUUGUUGAAAAUUCUAUUUUUGUUUUUCAAGUCCUUCCACCCCGGGACUCUAAAUUAUCGGGGUAAAAAACAGCCUUGCAAGAAAAAAGGGGAGCUAUUUUUGCUUUUUAUGUUUUUUAUUGUUAAACUUGUAUCCCUUUAAAAACUGAAGGAAAAUUUAAAAAAAAAAAACAAAAAAACAAAUCUAAUGGUGCUUUUACCACGAUAUGUUAACUACAUUAAAUGCUAAUUAAUUAUUUUCUGUUAUCAAAGCACAUAACUAAAAUGAAAUCAUGGUAUCUGUUAAUUUUAUAAGCUAGAAGUCACUAUAAUGGAUUAUGCCAAUUCUGAAAAUUUUUACAUGUAUCCAGCAACAUAGGAUUUAUCAGUUAUCAGACACUUCAUUGUACCAGAGAUUGUCCAGAACUUUUCAAGACCUUUGCGCCCCUGAACUGGGCUAUGGGGAAAAAAAAAAUAACAAUAAUAAUAAUAAACCAAUACUGACACAAAUGCUGGUGGGUGCCCAUUCAGAUCAAGGGUACCUGUUAGGGAAAAAAAAAAAAAAAAAGUUUGCACCCCCAAAUGUCCUGUAGCUUAUGUAAAAAAAAAAAAAAAAAAAAAAAAACACACACACACAAACGAAAAAACAAAAAAAAAAAAAAAAAAAAAAAGUGCAAGUGAUUUUUCUACCAGACAGCGAAGCACCCCUUUGCUUCCCAUGCAACUUCAAGAAGGUUUCCUAUACUAUACAUAUAUAUACGUUCUGGUUGGCAAGCCCUGCUGAUCAGAGAAAGUCUCUGCAUGUUCUAGUGUUAGUAACUAAUUUUUAUAUAGUUAAUGUAGGAUAAAGUAGAGUGCAUUAAGACACAAUAUUGUAAUCCCUACUCUAGGCACUUGCCUUUAAACUAUGUUUUUCAGCCCUUCAGAAGGGUUCUACUACUGUCCUAUACAAUCAAGUAACUGAAAUUCUUGGGAAGACACUUUGCUCCUCAUCUUUCCCCCCCGAAACAAUGUUGUUUUGUUUUGUUUUUUUUCCUUAAUUUGCACGAAAACAAAAAUUCCAUAUCAAUGUGCCUUGCCCUGGAUAGCGAUUAUUUGUGGAAUUGUUGCACAUGCUCCUCUAUUGAAAGGGGUUUUUCCCUAGUCAAGCAUUUGGAGACACUUUUUGUAAAUGUGACUUUUAUGUCAGCCAUCGUCAGUUUCAACAUCUAGAACUAAAUAGAGAGUUAGUUGUUCCGCAGAUAGGAGUAGUCUUUAUUGUCCUCUGUGGUCAGUGGCAGUGCUAUUCUGAGAUCUGUAGAUGGCUUAGAAUAUCAGUAUUUUGGAUGUUGCUGCAUUUUACAAUUUAUUUGGAGUCUUCCUUUAUUCCCCCCCCCCAGAUAUAUGAAAAUAUGCAAUACCUGCUUAUAUCGUGUAGAAAAGCUUAGCGAUUAUUAAUUUUUCUUUUAUUUUUUUUAUUUGACCAAAGUCGGUGCUGCACUUGACGCAGUGUGUUUUAGGUGUUUGUCUUUGUACUUUUUUUGUGAUUUUUGAAUGCACGUGCGCAGGAAGGGCUCCUCUUAGAGAAGCAGUCAAACUGUGAAGCACUAAGCUGACCCUGCUUCAAGCAAUUUUGUUUUUACAACUGUUCCUUUCACAAGCAAGCCUUAAAAAAAAAAAAAGACAACUUCCUUUUUCUUCAGCUCCCACACCCCAUUUUUCUUAGCAGACUGCAGUCAAUCCACAUUCAAUAAAAAGUAUAUAAUGCCCAUUUUUAUAUGCACGUUUUUAAACUUCCAAGUUCUGAAAAUUGUUUACUGGUUAUCUCUAUUUAAGGAAAAAAAAAUAAAAUAAAACAUUUUGGAUUUUCAUAUGUGUCUGAUAAGUGGUUGAAUAGUCGUUUGGCGCUGUUGUAUGGUGUGAUUGUCAGUAUAUGGUGUCACUUCCUAUAGCCAGCCAGCAUACUUUGCCUUCCCCUAUAGCACUUAGCUGGGCAUUACUUUAUUAUGACAUAUGUGCACUAAAAAAAAGAAAAAGUAAAAAAAACAAAAACAAAAAAAAA